UGGUGGGGCCGGAGUGCGUACGCUGUGGAGAGGCAGCGGCGCGUGCGCAGGCCGCACUCAUUCCCUCCUCCCCUUCUCCUCAGCUCCUCCUCCAUCUCCUCCUCUUCCUCCUCCUCCUCUUCCUCCUCCUCUUCUUCCCCCCCCCCCCUCCCCACUCUGAGCGGUUGGUGCUCUUGCCCUCCUCUCUGCCGUUCUCCUCUGCUCGCGGUCUCACCCCAGCGGUGCGGCCGUGGUCUGUGAGCGCUUGCGGCCCGGGUUGCGGGGUUAGCAGUGGUUACCUCGUGCUCCGGGGUGCGGCGCGCGGCGCGCGGGGGGAUUCUCACCAUGUCGACGGAUGAAGUGAACGGCCUGUGCGAGCAGCUGGUGAGGGCGGUGACGGUCAUGAUGGACCCGAGCUCUACCCAGCGUUACCGCCUCGAGGCCCUCAAGUUUUGUGAAGAGUUCAAAGAAAAGUGUCCCAUCUGUGUCCCAUGUGGCCUGAAGUUGGCUGAGAAAACACAAACUCCUAUCGUUAGACACUUUGGCCUUCAGAUUCUGGAACAUGUUGUCAAGUUUCGGUGGAACAACAUGUCUCGCCUUGAGAAGGUGUUUCUAAAGAACAAUGUCAUGGGACUGAUAUCAAGCGGGACUCAGAAUAUUUUGGAGGAAGAGAGCCACAUAAAAGAUGUUUUAUCUAGAAUUGUGGUGGAAAUGAUCAAGCGGGAAUGGCCACAGCAUUGGCCUGACAUGUUGAAAGAAUUGGAUACCCUCUCUAAACAAGGGGAAACACAGACAGAACUAGUGAUGUUCAUCCUUCUGCGACUGGCAGAGGAUGUGGUGACUUUUCAAACACUACCUCCCCAGAGAAGGAGGGACAUACAGCAAACACUAACCCAGAACAUGGAAAAGAUCUUCAGCUUUCUGCUUAAUACCCUUCAACAGAAUGUGAACAAAUAUCGGCGAAUGAAAACAGAUGCUUCCCAGGAGCCAAAGGCCCAGGCUAACUGCAGGGUUGGGGUAGCAGCACUCAACACCCUGGCAGGCUACAUUGACUGGGUGACCAUGAACCACAUUACAGCUGAAAACUGCAAACUAUUGGAGAUGCUGUGCUUGCUUCUGAAUGAACCUGAACUUCAAGUAGGAGCAGCUGAAUGUCUCCUAAUUGCAGUCAGCAGGAAGGGUAGGUUGGAAGACCGGAAGCCCUUAAUGAUCUUGUUUGGAGAUGUUGCCAUGCAUUAUAUACUCUCUGCUGCUCAGACUGCUGAUGGUGGAGGCCUGGUAGAAAAACACUAUGUUUUCUUGAAGAGACUUUGUCAGGUCUUGUGUGCUUUAGGCAGCCAGCUAUGUGCUUUGCUGGGAAAUGAUUAUGAUGUUGAAACACCACCAAACCUUGGAAAAUACUUGGAGUCUUUUCUGGCUUUUACAACCCAUCCAAGUCAGUUUCUGCGGUCAUCAACUCAGAUCACUUGGGGAGCCCUCUUCCGGCAUGAAAUUCUAUCCCGGGAUCCUCUGCUUUUAGGAAUGAUCCCCAAAUAUCUCCGUGCUUCUAUGACUAACUUGGUGAAGAUUGGCUUUCCUUCUAAAACAGAUAGCGCUAGCUGUGAAUAUUCUCAAUUUGACUUUGACAGUGACGAGGACUUCAAUGCCUUCUUCAACUCAUUCCGAGCUCAGCAGGGAGAGGUGAUAAGGAUGGCCUGUCGCCUAGAUCCCAAGACUGGUUUUCAGAUGGCUGGGGAGUGGUUGAAGUACCAGCUUUCAACACCUGUGGAUACUGGACCAAUGAACUCUAGGACUGGAGAAGGCCUUUGUUCAAUCUUCUCUCCCUCUUUUGUACAAUGGGAUGCCAUGACCUUCUUUUCAGAAAGUGUGAUUAACCAGAUGUUUCGAACAUUAGAUAAAGAAGAAAUUCCAGUGAAUGAUGGCAUAGAACUCUUGCAGAUUGUACUGAACUUUAAUACCAAGGAUCCCCUCAUCUUGUCCUGUGUCCUUACCAAUGUUUCAGCACUCUUUCCAUUUGUCAGUUACAGACCAGAAUACCUGCCCCAGGUCCUUUCUAAGCUGUUUUCAUCUGUCACUUUUGAAAUCAUUGAGGAAAGUAAGGCUCCCAGGACUCGUGCUGUAAGGAACGUGAGAAGACAUGCUUGUUCUUCUAUCAUCAAAAUGUGUCGCGACUAUCCUCAACUUGUGCUGCCCAACUUUGACAUGCUUUAUAACCAUGUAAAGCAGCUGCUCUCCAAUGAGCUGCUCCUGACACAGAUGGAAAAAUGUGCUCUUAUGGAAGCCCUGGUUCUAAUUAGCAAUCAGUUCAAGGACUACAAGCGGCAGAAAGUUUUCCUGGAGGAGUUGAUGUCACCAGUUGCCAACCUUUGGCUUUCCGAAGAGAUGCAAAGAGUGCUAUCAGAUGCUGAUGCUUUUAUUGCCUAUGUGGGUGCUGAUAACAAAAUCUGUGAACCAGGCCUGGAAGAUGCCAAUGGUCUAAAUCGUUCACGAAUAAGUUUUUGUGUAUACACCAUUCUGGGAGUUGUGAAAAGGGCUCGAUGGCCCACAGACCUAGAAGAGGCUAAGGCUGGAGGAUUUGUGGUUGGCUAUACUCCAAGUGGCAAUCCAAUCUUUCGUAAUCCUUGCACAGAGCAUGUCCUGAAACUUCUCGACAAUUUGCUUGCUCUUAUAAGAACCCACAAUACUUUGUACACACCAGAGGUACUGGCUAAACUGGGAGAUAAUUUCUCAAAGGCUUUGGAUAUGCUCGAAGUAGAAAAGAAUGCUAUCUUGGGACUUCCUCAGCCUCUCCUAGAACUCUAUGACUCUCCUGUCUACAAAACAGUGUUGGAACGGAUGCAGGGUUUCUUUUGUACCCUUUAUGAGAACUGUUUCCAUAUCCUAGGGAAAGCAGGCUCUUCUAUGCAGCAAGACUUCUACACUGUUGAAGACCUUGCCACUCAGCUUCUCAACUCUGCCUUUAUCAACCUGAACAGCAUUCCUGACUACCGACUCCGACCAAUGCUUCGGGUUUUUGUGAAACCUCUGGUACUAUUCUGCCCUCCAGAGCAUUACGAAGCCCUUGUAUCUCCCAUCCUUGGACCCCUCUUCACCUACUUGCACAUGAGGCUUUCCCAGAAAUGGCAAGUCAUCAACCAGAGGAGUUUACUGUGUGGUGAAGAAGAGACUGCAGAUGAAAAUCCAGAGUCUCAAGAGAUGUUAGAAGAGCAACUGGUGAGGCUGCUCACUCGUGAAGUCAUGGACCUGAUCACUGUUUGCUGUGUUUCAAAGAAAGGCGCUGAACACAAUAGUACUACCAAUACCACCACCACCACCAAUAGCAGCACCACAGCUGAUGGAGAGGAUGAAGAGAUGGUAUGCACAGAGGUGGCCCCCUCAGCCAUGCCUGAACUCACAGAUCUGGGCAAGUGUUUAAUGAAGCAUGAGGAUGUGUGUACAGCACUGCUCAUCACAGCCUUUACUUCCUUAGCUUGGAAGGACACCUUGUCUUGCCAGAGAACCACCACCCAACUCUGUUGGCCUCUGCUUAAACAAGUACUCUCGGGAACACUCCUCUCUGAUGCAGUAACAUGGUUUUUCACCAGUGUACUGAAAGGUUUGCAGAUGCAUGGGCAGCAUGAUGGCUGUAUGGCUGCACUUGUCCACUUGGCCUUCCAGAUAUAUGAGGCAUUGCGCCCCAGAUACCUGGAGGUGAGAGCAGUGAUGGAACAGAUCCCAGAAAUACAGAAGGAAUCUCUGGACCAGUUUGACUGCAAGUUGUUGAACCCUACACUUCAAAAAAUUAAUGAUAAGCGCAGAAAGGAUCAUUUCAAACGUCUCAUUGCUGGCUGUAUUGGGAAACCUUUGGGAGAACAGUUCCGCAAGGAGGUUCACAUUAAGAAUCUUCCAUCGCUCUUCAAAAAAACAAAACCACUGCUGGAGUGUGAUGUGCUAGAAAAUGAGGAUGGAUGCUUGAGCACCAUUUUUGAACCUUGACAUGGCCACCUGAACAAUUUUCCCAGGCCUUCAUUGUCAUCUUUUCUCUUUCCCCCUUGUAGCUAACCUGUAGCUCCAGAACCAGGCUUGGAGAUGGAGAGCCAAUGACUGGCUCCAAGAGGCCAGAAGUAAUUACAUUGAUGUCAUUUUCAAGGGAGUUAGGGUUUACAUUAUUCUGACUAGUUCUCCCAAGAUAUCUCCUAACCCACUCAGAGUACCUCAUCUGAGCAUUUUCAAGAGAAGCCAUGAGCAGAACUAUUAUUCCUUGUUGUCAUUUUUCCCUUCUCCCUUUCAAAGUACCCUCCUUGCAGCUAUUCCAUAGACUAUGAGGUUGGGGUGUUUGUUUCAUUCAAAGUCCUAGCACUGCCACCAGUUGUGGCUGCACUUGGGCACAGAACCCUGUACAUAUUCCCUCUACUGAUAACUUCAAUCCAUGUGUUGUGGGAAGAGAGAAGCAGAACUAUUUGGAGGCUCUCUGGUUGCUGGAUUAGGAGUGUCAAGUGGAAUGCAUGUGUGGCCUACUCAUCUUGAAUGCUAGGCAUAGACUGUCGACAGCUGUGUGGCUGUGGCCAAGAAUAAAAAUCCUCCAAAGACUGGCCAAGCCCAAGUCAUCACUUCAGAGUUCCUUAGUUUCCCCUAUGUCAAGGGAAGCCUGAUCACCAAUAACCAUUUGAUGUCAUUCCCUCGUCGGCAAGGAUUCCUCAGUAGCAAAAGGCAGUCUCUGGUCAGUUAAUUUUCAGAUGCUUUACGGGCAUCCAAGGUUAUUGACAGAAUUAGGGAGCAUCUGUUUCUAGGACCUGGGUCAGCCCAGUUGCCUUUUCUUCUAUGACUUGGCCCUCAUGGCUUUGUGCCCAUGUAGCCUCAGAUGCCUUUAAUAAAUUCGAGGCUUCUGAAAUUCCAAUUGCCUAAUCACCAAUUGGGGCUAUUCAGAGCUGCCCAUAGUUGUAGAAAUCCCAUUCUAUAUAUAACAAAGGGUGAAUACUCCUGUAUCCUCCAAGAUCUAAAUCUAAAAUGAGCUGGAAAUAUAGGAUAGAGAGGAAUGAGGGGAAAGCUGGGAGAAGAGAUUUCAAAUCCAAUGUAUUUAUCUGUAUUGCACAGGCUUCCUGUGUACACACACACACACACACAUGGUUGUAGCAUUUAAAAGUUUUGACCACAAAGGCAAUUUUGGAACAUGCCUUCUACUAGCUUUGACUAUUGCCUUAGUGGAAGUGUGUGGUUGGGACCAUGAAGGGAACAGUUGUAUUUAUUUUGUUGUGAUAUUUUUUUAACAUCUUGUGACUUCAUGCUAGUUUUUUAAAUUGUUUUUAGAGCCUUUUUGUAGAAACAUUAACUCUUGAGGCACGCUUCUGCAUGUCAGUAAAAAAUCUUGAGUUUGAUACACAA